AUUCGCCUUUUUCAUUCUGUGCGAGAGAACGUCGCUCCCGGUUGAGUUUUGGCCUUUACGUGUUUCCGUAGCUGUAGUAGCACCACUAAUCUAGCGUCAAGAAUGGCCGGCUGGAUAUGGCUCCGUUGUGUGUUCGGGCCCAAUCUGACCCGAACCCACCGCUCCCCCGAAGCGCCCCGGGCCGACGGACGGGUGGCGAGAAGGGGGUGGCCAUACCAGCCAAAAAGUUUGGAGAAGCACGCUGACAGCAUCCUGGGAUGGGCGUCUGCUCUCUGGUCUCUGUCCUACUACAGCUCUCCUCUACUGCUCUGCUACCUCUACAGGAAAGGCUACAUCUGCAGCAGUAAGCUGGUUCCGGUUGGUCAGUACGUGGGGACGGUCCUCGUCUGUCUUCUGGGCGUGGCCUGUCUGAGAGGCUGGGGCCGUUGGAGGAAUUCGGAGUAUAUGCAGUUCAUCAGCAUUCUAGAAGAGACCAGACGGAACCACACGGCCAGCAACAAGAGGAAGUUGGCCUGCUUCGAUUUCGACUUCUCCUAUUGGCCAGCGGACUUCAGCUGGAACGACGUCAGCAGCCCGAAGUCGUCCAAAGGGGGCGUGUCUCUGCUGAAGCCUGAACCUCGACACAGAGGAGCGGCCGACUCGCUACUCAACACACUGAGGACACUACCAUGCCAUGUAGUCAGUUUCCUGAUAACACACUCGUUUGGGCGCCGCAUGCUGUAUCCCGGAUCAGUCGGGCUGCUCCAGAAGGCCAUGAGACCCAUGUUGCAACAAGGACAGGCACGCUUAGUGGAGGAGUGUAACGGGCAGAGGAAUAAGCUGGUGGCGUGUGACGGUAACGAGAUCGACACCAUGUUUGUGGACCGACGGUCAGAGGGGGGCGCCAACGGACAGACACUGGUGAUCUGCUGUGAGGGCAACGCUGGUUUCUAUGAAGUCGGCUGCAUGAACACUCCACUGGAAGGUGGGUACUCUGUCCUUGGCUGGAACCAUCCUGGAUUUGGUGGAAGCACAGGAGUACCCUUCCCCCAGAACGAGGCCAAUGCCAUGGACGUGGUGAUUCAGUUUGCUGUUCACAAGCUGGGAUUCAACCUGAACGACAUCAUCAUAUACGCUUGGAGCAUAGGAGGCUUCACAGCGAGCUGGGCCGUGAUGUCAUAUCCUGAUUUGAAGGCCAUCGUUCUGGACGCUUCCUUUGACGACCUUCUACCGCUCGCUCUCAAGGUCAUGCCCGACAGCUGGAGACCUCUAGUGACCUACACAGUGAGGCAGUACAUGAAUCUCAACAACGCAGAACAACUCUGCAAGUACCAGGGGCCUGUACUUCUGAUCAGAAGAACCAAAGAUGAAAUCAUCACCACCACGGGUCCAGAGGACAUCACAGCCAACAGAGGAAACGACCUGCUACUCAGACUACUGCAGUACAGGUAUCCUAAGAUCAUGAGUGAGGAGGGGGUGUCGUCGGUCAGGAGAUGGCUGGCAGCAGGAUCACUAAUGGAGGAGGCUGCGCUGUACAGUAGCUAUGAGGUGGAUGAUGACUGGUGUGUGUCGGUGCUCCAGUCCUACCAGAACGAUACCAGCACACCUUUCCCCUGGACCGUCGGUGAGGACAUGACAUCUGAUGGCAGGAGGCAACUAGCUCUCUUCCUGGCGAGGAAGUACAUGCGUAACUUUGAGACCACCCACUGCACCCCUCUCCCCGCCUCAGAGUUCAGAAGACCCUGGAGCCUCUAGAGGACGGAGGGAUGAGGAGAGGAGGAGGAGGAGAGAGAGACCA